GCCGCCUCUGAAGUGUAGGCGAUCUGACACCUGUGGGGAUCUGGAGUCUAAAAAGGCAAGACUUGGCUACUAAACUCUUGUGUCUAGCUGUGAAGAGUCCAUGGAUGAACCAGAGAUCAGGGAAACGGACCCUCCUCCUGAGGAGAGACCAGACUCCCCUGUGUCCAAGAGAGUGAAGUGGUCUACAGAUCAUCCAGCACCAUCCAGAGAGACGGAUCCUCCUCCUGAGGAGAGAUUGACACCAGAGGAGGCACAGCACAGGUCCUUUCUGAAGGAGAAGUGUCAACAUCUUGUUGAAGGAGUACCACAUCAGGGAGACGCCAGACUCCUCCAGGACAUCUACUCAGAUCUCUACAUCACAGUGGGCGGCAGUGGAGAGGUCAAUGAAGAACACGAGGUCAGACAGAUAGACAGAGCAUCCUAUAGGGAAGUAGGAUAUGAAAGACCAAUCAAAUGUAGCGACAUCUUUAAACCCUUAUACAUAGGGAGAUCAUCCAUGUUUUAUAGAAAAAGCUCUGAAACAAGUGAUGAGGAAGGACAAGAAUUUGAGUCAGAGGAGGAGUAUGAAUAUAUUGAGAGAGAGGGUUCUGGUGAUAUUGAGGGAGAGGAGAGUUCUGAUGACAGUAGAUCCUUAUAUCCACAAAGGGGUCUUUGUCAACACAAACCCAUCAGAGUAGUACUGACAAAGGGAGUGGCAGGCAUUGGAAAAACCGUCUCUGUGCAGAAGUUCAUUCUGGACUGGACUGAAGGAGAAACCAAUCAGGACAUUCACUUCAUUUUUCCUCUUCCUUUCCGAGAGCUGAACCUGAUGAAGAAUACAAAACUCAGUCUGGUGGAGCUUAUUCAACACUUUUUCAUCCAAAUUAAAGAUCUGAAAAUGCUUUGCAGUUCUGAGAGCAAACCUCUGUUCAUCUUCGAUGGUCUGGAUGAGUGCAGACUUCCUCUCGAUUUCUGCUCCAACCCGCCGUGUUGUGAAGUUAAAGAGCCAGCCUCAGUAGAUGUACUUCUGACCAACCUCAUCAAUGGCAAUCUACUUCCCUCUGCUCUCGUCUGGAUCACCACCCGACCAGCAGCAGCUGGUCAGAUCCCUCCUGAGUGUGUGGACCAGGUGACAGAAAUUAGGGGGUUCAACGACCCACAAAAAGAGGAUUACUUCAAGAAGAGAAUCAGUGAUGAAAAUCAGGCCAUGCGAGUCAUCAGACACCUGAAGUCAUCCAGAAGCCUUUACAUCAUGUGCCACAUUCCAGUUUUCUCCUGGAUUUUGGCCACUGUUACAGAGAGAACAUCAGAGAGAGGAGAAAUGCCAAGGACCCUCGCUCAGAUGUACACUCACUUCCUGGACAUUCAGACUUGCAUCAAAAAAGAAAAGUACUCAGAGAGAAAAGAGACAGAUGAAGAGAUGGUUUUCAAACUGGGGAAACUGGCUUUCCAACAGCUGGAGAAGGGCAAUCUGAUCUUCUAUGAGGAAGACCUGAGGGAGAGUGGCAUUGAUGUCACAGAAGCAUCUCUGUACUCAGGAGUGUGUACACAGAUCUUCAGAGUGGAGGCUGGGCUGUGCCAUGGGAGGGUGUUCAGCUUUGUGCAUCUGACCAUCCAGGAAUUCCUGGCAGCAUUAUACGUGUUCCUCUGCUUCUGCAAAAGUGCCAGACACAAACCGCACCAACAUCAACCCUGUCAUCUCUCUGCUCUGUUCAGAGCUGCAACACUUGAAGACCUACACAAGACUGCAGUGGAUCUGGCCUUACGGAGUAGGAACGGACACCUGGACCUUUUCCUCCGCUUCCUUCUGGGCCUCUCACUGGAGUCCAAUCAGAAGCUCCUGAGACACUUACUGCCACAGACCAAAAGCCAACUACAGGGCUUAGGGCAAAUAGUCCAGUUUGUCAAGGAUAGGAUAAGACAGGAGUCAAAGUCUGGUAGAAAUAUCAACCUGUUCUACUGUCUGAAUGAGUUAAAUCAACAUGCUGUAGUGGAGCACAUUGACAGGAGCUCAGGACAGCUGUCUGUAGAGAUGCUCUUACCAGGUCAGUGGGAGACUGGAACAUUUAGGUUUGAGUUAUCAGAAGAGCAGCUGGAUGGGUUUGACCUGCAGAAGUACAUAAAGACACCAGAAGAGGAUCUGACUGACCUCCUCAGCCCAGAUGACGUCCUUGAGAAGCUGGUGCCAGUGGUCAUGUCAAUGGCCACAUCAGCAAGGCUGGAGUAUUGUUUCCUCACAGACAAGAGUUGUGCGGCAAUAGCAGCUGCUGCCAGAUCAACCUCCUGCAGUUUAAAGACUCUACAGCUCGGUGGGAAUGAGCUUCAUGAUACCGGAGUUCAGCAUCUCUCAGACCUUCUAAAGGAUCCUCAAUGCAAACUGGAGACAUUAGGGCUGAUGAAGUGUUCCCUCACAGACAAGAGUUGUGCGGCAAUAGCAGCUGCUGCCAGAUCAACCUCCUGCAGUUUAAAGACUCUACUGCUCAGUGGGAAUGAGCUUCAUGAUACCGGAGUUCAGCAUCUCUCAGACCUUCUAAAGGAUCCUCAAUGCAAACUGGAGACAUUAGAGCUGAGCAAUUGUUUCCUCACAGAGAAGAGUUGUAAGUCAAUAGCAGCUGCCACCAGAUCAACCUCCUGCAGUUUAAAGACUCUAAUUCUCUCUUUGAAUGAGCUUCAUGAUACCGGAGUUCAGCAUCUCUCAGACCUUCUAAAGGAUCCUCAAUGCAAACUGGAGAUAUUAGUACUGAGUGGUCGCUAUGGUACCUUGAGAAGGGAGAUUCCAGCAGCAGCAGCAGCAGCAGCAGCAGCAGCCUCCAGUAGCAGCUCCCACUCCUCAGAUGCUGCAGAGCUGCACCUCACACACAACACCCAGCAGCAUCCAGGAGCACAGCUGCUCUCUACUCACACUCCCACGGAGGAUGGCCCCAGUGAUGACACACAGAGGGGCUGUGAAUGCUGUGCUGAAGUUCCAGACACCAGUCACUGGGUCCUGGUGGAGCCUGAGGUCUCCACAGAGAAGAGCAUCUCAACCUACAGCCUGAGCUCUGCUGCAGGGAGCUAUGAGUGCUCAAAGUCCAGUCUGCGUUGGUUGUGUGUUGGUCCAGUCACACUGCAGUAUCACUUCAUGGACUGGUACAUUUUUACUGAAGAGCUGGCCCGUAUGCAAUGCAGUCCAGCUGGUCCUCUGAUGGACAUCAAGCUGAUGUCAGGAGAGCUGGAGGAGAUACACCUGCCUCAUUUCCUUUGUUUGGGAGGCGUCAAGUCUGCACAUGAUGCUGUCAGACUACUGCAUGCACAGGAAAGCGGAGUGUGUUUGGAAAAGUGUACGGUGACCCAACGCCAUGCCAGUCUUCCCCAGCCCUCCCUGUCUCUGUUUGGACCAGUGUACUCCUACCUUCAGGAUCUGCUGUCUCCUAAAGUCCACUGUCAGCUGCUGCUGUUUUACCAAAGCACCACUAUCCUGAAGCUUCGCACCUACCUGGUGCCCAACGAUCAGGGAAACAUUGAUGCCAUUCACAAGCAGGAGGAGAACUGGAAGGGGGAGAGGAUCAAGAUUAACAGCACAGUGGGUUCACCCCUCCGUCUGGGAGACACCUUCCGUGUGAUGACGUCAUGUCCAUCCAAAAUCAACCCAGGAGAGAUAAAGCUGGUUCCAGAUAAAGUUGGUUCCAUGGGUAACUUCUGUGUGGUAAGCUUUAGCAUAAAGCAUCCAGAGGAGAGUUUUGAUGUGCAGGUCAAACGGGCUCAGCACGAGGAUCCCAUCUGGAAAAUCAGUGUGGAAAAGGAGGAUUACAGUCCACCCAGCACGAGCUCAGGGAUACACAGCACCAGGGACACCUUAGAUGGCGUGGGCCGCAAAGCAAUUCAGACACCUGAUUGCUCAAGCAGAGUCCUGCAGGAGGACAACAUAGAUGAAUUCCUCAAGAAGAACCGAGCUCGUCUCAUCCAAAAAGUGACAAAUGUGAUGCAACUGGCAGAUGAGAUGCUGUCUGAAGACUUGAUCAACGAAGAGCAGUACAGCGUCAUUAAAGCAGAGACCACUGGCCCGGACAAGAUGAGGUGCAUCUAUGAUGCCCUGCGUUCCUGUGGGCCUCCACAGAGGAAGAAGUUCUUCAGUAUCCUCCAGGAAUUGCACUCUUUACUGCUGCAAGAGUUGGGCUGGCAUUGAGGGGGGUGAGAAGACAUUAGCUUUACUGCUCUGCUGUAAGACUUCAGUUGGUAUUGAGAGGGUUGGGAAGAGAUGUUCACUUUACAUUACAUUACAUUAGCUGGCCAUUUUUUAUCCAAAGCGAAUUAUUUCAAGUACAGGGUACUUUUUACAGUACCUGGAACAGUGUGGGAUUAGGAGCCUUAAUGCUCAAGGUCCAGGACACCUCAGCUAUGGAGUAAGAUAGGAAGUAGAAGUGUGAGAAUUGAACCUGCAACCCUCUGAUCUAAAGCCCAUCUCCUUAACCACUUGCCCCCCUCAGUGAACUCACUUCAGUGAUCUGCUGUGAGAGUUGGGCAUUGAGAGGGUUGAGAAGAAAGACUAUGAGCCACUUACCGUGCGAUCACACCUCAGACGUUGAAAGAGCUACAACGCUGCUGACUCCUGCCUGGAAAGCACAGGUCAGGGGCAUUGAAUGUGGCAAACGAUUCAACCUGAAGCGUUCGACCAGGGAUCUCGAUAAACCGAAGCUCGUGUUAAGAAAAAUGCGAACAUUCCAUUGACUGAUGCCUGCUGGCGCCAAGCUCAUUACAUAUUUUUAAGAUUAAGUUCAACUUUUGACGCCCUCUGCUUUUGACGCUUUUCACACCCUCGGCUCUAGAAACGUUUUUGCAACUUUUAACGCUUCUGCUGCCUGCUCACCCAUACAAAGUCAAUUACUUCCAUCUCUCUCUCUCGCACUCACUCACUCACUCACUCACUCACUCACGUAAUGGUCAUUGCUUUGCUUUUUUAUUGUUUUAGCAUUUUACCCAUUAGUCAUUUUACCCAUUUCUAUACUUUUGUAUGAUGUGUGCAUUAUAUAUAUUAUGGAUUUUGUUUCUUUUAUGGAUUUGAUCUCGACAUUGGUGGACAACAAAUGUGAAAUAAGUCCAUUUACAUGUUGUUGUUAUUAAUGCGUACAGUCUUUGUCAAAUAAACCAUGUCAACGUCUGAGGCAGCAGAACAGGUGUAUGACACAGGUCAUUUUAAAUCUGCACACGGCACGCUGACCAGACAAAAGUAAAUGAGCAGGUAGUAGCAUGAGAUGGGGUUUCCUAAUAGAACAUGCUGUGUGUAUGCAAUACCACUUUCCUUUCAGCGAAACCUGAUGGUGGUAGGAAAUAUUCAUCAUGAUUUAAAAUGUUGAAUGGCCAGCAUACAUUCUGUUCUUAAACUCCUAUAAUAAUUACACACACUCUACCUUUAAUAUGGAAUUCGAGUGUACUGGUUGAUCCUCUUGCUUCCCUUUCAGCUGUACUUGUUAUGUUUGGAGCAAUGAUGUAUAUACCGGGCGGUUGCUUCACUCUGAAAUAGAAUGUUAAGGGUCCAAGUUGGUGUGUAUAUACAUCAAUGAUUUGGAGUCUUGGAAAUUACAUUGACAGAGGGACCACAUCUCUCAGUUCAAACUCAGGACUUUAAAAAAUCAUAUAAAAAUCAAGGAAGUCAGAACAAUGAAUAUGAAUAUGAAAAUGAAUACUUUUUGAAUUAUUAUAUAAUAUUUUCGAAUGUGUUUGAAUAUGUUUUGUUUGUACAACAGGAUUAUGGGUUGCAGGUCCCACUUCCUGUUCAGAGGCAUUUACCAUUUGUAGAUUAAUCUUUAUAAAAUGUUUUAUCAAAUGUGUCGAACAAAUGUGUUGUUGUUAAGCAGUACCACAGACGAGUGUCAGUUAUGUUUCCCAGCCUUAUCUGUACAGCUGGAAUCUAAAGUCUAGGUCAUGUAUUUAUAUGAAAUA